AUGUCACGAUCGUUGCAUUACGACGAUGAUCAGGGCAGCGAUGGUGAUCAACGCAGGGCUACAACUUAUAACUCCGCUGUUGCGCAUCGGCCGGUACUGCUUCAGGCGGCACUGGUCUGGGAGGAGGCGCGCGGCGCUCCAGCGAAGAAGAGCGACAUACUCGCCGGUACAGAAUUCCUCUCGGUCUUUAUAAACGGCGCGAUGGCAACACCCCCGCAACGGCGCCGGGGCUUUCGACGUGGCGGUCACCAAGCGGCCGCGUCAGCGGGUGACAGCGCGACCGCCGAGUCGCACCAACACGAGGCGUCGAUCUAUCGAAUAUCACGGAAUCCGAGCGGCGCCCGACCGAUUUCGGUGUCGAGGCCGCAGACAAACGGCCGCGAGGAGGUCGUUCGUUUCUAUCCCAUAAAUCAAAAGACACUGGAGAAUCGGCAGCAGAAUCUAGCGUCGUUGAUCGACGACCUGAGCACGCCUGGCGGCAUAAGUUCGACGCGAUUGACGUCCUCGAGCGCGGCGACAACGACGAUGACGAGCACGCCGACGUUGAGGUCGAACGAGACCAACGGAUCUUCUAUCGGCAGAGGUGUUGUCAGCCGGCAAAAGGUGAUUGGAGUCAGCGUCACGUCCACGGUCGAGGCCACGCCGUAUAAAGUGCGCGUCGAGCAUUACGACAGCUCUGACGCCGCGGUGGUUACGCGACCACCAGGUUUGGAAUCUGCGGUGAAUAGAGAAGUUACCAGAGAGUCGAUCGCUAGAAGCAUGACGAGGGAUACGAGCAGACCGGCGACGCCGUCGUCCACGACAACAACAACAACGACCACGACCACGACGACUACGAUAACGUCGACGCCACCGCCGGAUCGAUUUGUCACCGAGGAGCUCAGCAACAUUGUCUCGGAGUCAAACAGAAGCGAAUUCUCCGUCGACGAGGACUCGCCGAGAACGAGCUGGCGCGGCCGCGUAACCAUGACGCCACGAAUUCAACAGACCCCCGCGAAGAGUUCUCACCAGGACGAGGAAGUCAAUGAGGCGACGCGGAUCAUCGACGUCGAUGCGAUCACUCUACCGACGGAGGUGAAUUACGAGCUACCUGUAGAGAACUCGGAACGGCGGGAGUUGAACGAAGAACUGCCGGAGAUGUCGUCGGAUCGGCUUCAAGGACGCAAAAUGGGACGUCAUUACGACGCGCCGCUCUACAACCGAUCGGGCCCGAAGGUGUAUAGCCAAUCGUCGAAGGCAUACAAACCUCCGCGUACCUAUAACGAGCCGGCCAAGGUAUACAGCGAACCGGCCAAGGUGUACGGUGAACCCGAACGUGUGUACGGAGAGCCGGCUAAGGUGUACGGCGAGCCAGCUAAGGUCUACAGCGAACCAGCCAAAGUCUACAGCGAGCCCGCGAAGAUCUAUAGUGAGCCCGCCAAAGUCUACGGCGAGCCGGAGAAAAUCUAUUCUGAACCGUCUAAAAUCUACUCGGAGCCGGCCAAAGUCUACUCCGAGCCGGCCAAGAUCUACUCGCAGCCGGCCAAGGUGUACGGCGAGCCCAGCAAGGUGUACGACUCCGAGGGUCAGCCGGUGGACCGUCAGCAAGAGAGCGGCGAGCCCGACGAACAGAACUACGAGAUCGACGAGUCGGUCAGCGUCGGCAGCAACGGCAACGUCCACGGGCCUCAAUUGGUUGUUACGGAGGAAACCCCGGGCGCAUCCGAGGUCGAGGACGGUCACAAGGUCGGCUACGUGGUGGAGGGCAGGAACUAUAGGAAGUACAGGGUCGAAGAAAGAACGCCGGACGGCUUCAUCGUGGGCGAGUACGGCGUCGUGAGUCAUGAUGAUGGUUCGCUGCGCGGCGUCAGAUACACUGCUGACGGCACUAUCAAUCCUCAGCUCAUCUACGACGCCCUGAUGAAGUUCCUCGCAUUGUGAGCGUCGUAACAGAGGAAAAUAAAAGGAAGAAAGACGAAUCGCCGCAUGACGUCGGGGGAAGUGGCGUCGCUGGACCAAUUUCAUCUUCAUAAUUUAUGUUUAAAAAAUCGAAAAUAAUUCGAAGCUCUGCUGAAAGGCAAUUGCUAUGAUCUACGAGAUAUCUCCAUUGCAAUUGUUUUCCAGAUGUCUGGUCGAUGAUCUGGUUUUCUAGAUCAUUUAAUAUCAGCUAAUGAUGGCGAUGGAUUAUGGAGAGCACCAUUAUUUCCUUCUUCAGGAAGACUCGGUCCCGACGUCGAUGGCGAAAUUGCGGAUUUCUUCGAGAUGGCUUCGGCGAUGUCGUCGACGAGACGAACACGACUGAUUCUUUUGCUCUUGCCAACUCAACUGCCUCAACAAUUAAUUUUAAGGACGACGAUUUAGGAUCUAAGGAAAAACUCAUUCGACGUAGGCGACCUGCACACGCCAAGUACCGAAAGGUCGACCGGGACCGACGCACGAAAGUCGAAUCUCGACGCUCAGUCAUUGCGAAACGCUGACAGAUGAAAGUUACUCUUUGGGUGGCGAAAGUACGAACUUUUGUGCGCAGUGCUGUUCGAUGGCCUUUGACGAUUGUGGCAACCGAUCGAAGUGGUUGUCGAACGUUUUUCUCUAGAGCUACUCGCAAGAACUUUUGAAGUGAGAACGCGGCUACUUUGCGGGCCGCUAAAAAUAUAUUUCAGUGCGUAAGAAGCUUGCGCUUGUGUGCACGGCACGCAUCGGCCUGGACGAUUUAAUGUAAUAUCGACAAUGUUAGGGAGUUAGUAAUUUUUCGUUUGCAAAUUUUAUACGACAUUCGAUACGGUAUUUAUCCUUGCCUGAGAGCACGGUAAUAAAUUCAUAACUGUCGUUUCAUUAUCAUAAUUAUGAGAUAAAUGGGAGUCGUGCCUGACGAAACGUAAAAUGUUGAAGAGAUAUCUGAUCCCGGUGCGAUAUCGGCGCAACUCGAGAUUGAUUUUAAGCUUACACUGACAAUGAUUUCCUCGUACGCAUAUCGAUACGUAUCUUCACAAAUGAAUAUCUGACAUAACGAGAAUCCGUACCCACCUUUGUGCACUCGUCGAGGAUGUACCCGCGACAGGCCCUCGAUCCCUGAUCUCUGAUCUUUGAUCUCCGGUAAGAAAAUUUUGAAUUGGAUACUCGGACCCCAAAUAUUUGGGCUGCAACAAAUACUUGGCUGAAAGUGUGUUUUAACACGCACGUUCUAUGAAAGGACUUGCAUCACAGAAAUAAUCCACGAUAGCUUUCCGUCAACUUUUUAGAAUAAUAAAUGUCGGAGAUCCUCGAUCGAUCAAUAUGAUACGAUCUCGCGUGACACGAGAUUAAAUCUUUUCUUAUAUAUUGAAGAUAAAUGUUAUCGCAGUGUCAAGAGAUCUGUAUUGAGAUUAAUUUAACCACUGAAGGGGAUUUAACGAAUUACUCGCUAUUUUUUAUGCCGCAGUUAACGAUGGAACAUUCGACAUUUUCUCUUAUUGUUUUUAACGCCUAAGAAAUGCUUAAUGUACAUACAGUACGAUCCAGGUUUGUUGAAGUACCUUGUCUUCAAGGUAUUUAAUAAAAAUAUAAAAAAUAAAAUAAAUAGUAUUUAAACAAAAUAUUUUAUCAUGAGAUAUAUUGAAAUUACUCGAUGAAUCGACCGCGUCCGAAUGUUCCAACAUUGACAGCCUCCGAAAUCACUUGACUGAGAGUCCCCUUCGUGCGCUUUUAUCGCGGUCACGCUUCUGCGAUGAAGAGGUAGAUGAAGAAAUUGCAACUGCCAGGGCCCUCGUCCGAGAAUGGUCGGUCCCCUAAAUUAGCUAGUGGGCCCCGCAGCUGCGAUGACGGACCGACUUGUCGCGGCAGCGUCUCCUAGCUUCGUAAGUUCCCUAGAUCUUAAGGCUGACAAAGGAAGUAUCUCAAUCAGAGCGAGAAAGCUCGUUUUUCUUCGUAGUGUCGAUUAUAUUAUUUAGCGAUUACAACUAGCUCGUUCUUUCACAUUACCUCAGUCCUUUGAGAUAGUUCCUCUCGCCACGCAAUAUCGAGCACACACACUCAUACUACUAAGCGCGAAUAACGCUCCACGAAAUUCGCCGAGAAACAUAUACGGGAUGUUCCGAAAUCGUCUUUACUUUCUUGAUGAGCAAUUGCAGGAAGAUAAUUUCCAGUUUAUCGACGAAAAGAAAGAUACAUAAAUAAAAGCAAUGUUAGUUUCUGGGCAGCCUGUAUAUGGAUAUCUCUCGCGUAUUGCUCACGUUCGUAGACUAUAAAGGUCUCGAUUAUAUUCUACUUUACUCUUCCGUAUGUACAUUUCUAAAGCAUUUCAUUUCAAUAUAUUACAGACGGUAUCUCUAAGAAUUCUUUCUUGUAUAAGGCAUGCAUCCUAGAUAAUCUUUAGUACCUUUACUAUAAAAAUACUAUAUAAUGCUGUGUGCAAGCCAUCGCCAUUUUUCAACAGCAACUUUGUAAUAAAUCCAUUGCCAUGAAGAAAACAUUCCGAUUAUUAUGACCUGAGUAAAAUGAGCAUUUCUCCGAUCAGCCAACUAUUAA